AUGGAAGUGAUUAUUUCCUCAUUUUCUAGCAUCGAUCAAGAAUUGAUUCAUUGGCACCACAAGGACGUGAGAUUCUUCUGCCGGCCACUGGCUGCCUGUCAAACAUCAGCUACUUCAUCUUCCAUCCUCUCUACCUGUUCUUUCCUCUCUUUCUUUCUCCUUGUCCUUUUCUACCUUUCUCUCUCUAUUACUUACCUUAAUUUUUCUUUCUUUUUCUCUUUUCUUUUCUUUUUAUCUCUGUCACUUUCUUUUUGUUGCUGCUUCUCCGUUUUUAUCUUUACUCUCUCGUCCUUUUGGUCAUGUUCCUAUUUACUUUUUAAAAUUUUCCUCUCUCUCUCUCUCUGUCUCUCUCUGUCUCUAGCUAUCCAUCCAUCUAUCUAUCUAUCUACCUAUCUAUCCAUCUAUCUAUCUAUCACUACAGAGGUUAGUUUUCAGCAUUGUUUUAUAAUAAAAGAAAAGCCGGUUGAUGAGGAUAUUAAAGACUAA